GAAAAAGAGGACGAUGUGUCGAUAUCAACCCGAGUAUCGAUGAUCUAAAUGGAUAAAGAGAUGCCUGAGGGCAAAAUAAGUUCGGUGGGGCAUGAGAGGAAACAUUGGUCCACUUCGCUAUUAUAAUAUCCAACAGCCGCAAUCAGAUGCUUCAUUGCACGUCUUGUAGAGCUUCAAUGUAAACAAUUUAUAUGGAAAAUAUAAACGGUCAGUGACUAGAAUGAACGAAUCACGUGCAUCUCAACGUAAAUCUAUUACGAUGGAUUAAUACCGAGCUAUCUGUGUCAUAGUGAUACGUUUUGAAGAUCGAAAUACAUUUUAUUUACUUAUUAAUAACGGAUUUACCUCUGGUGAAAAUUUUGGAACUGGAAUUCGGGAAGCUGGCACCCGAUGUGUGUUUCGCCUGUGCUUAGCAAUAACGGUGGUCUGAGCGUUAUUCAACAUUCGAGGCGAACAUCCCUUGCCUCUUUCUAGAAAAGCCCUAAAUAAAUUAACACACUUAUUUUUUAAUUGAAUUUUACUAAGCUGGCUGGUCCUUUUAAUUCUGAAACACGCAAUAUUCAGGAAAACCAUUCAGAUUCCAAGAGACCUUCUUAUAGUAGAUAGUGCAAAUCUAAUUCUACAUAGCGUGUUUUCACUUACGAUCAUCCGAUAUGCUGUUCUAUACGUAUAUUUCGUUUGCCCCCGUUACUAGGUUCAUUGUAAACAAUGCAAACAUCAGUGUUACCGACAGAGAAAUACGUUCCCAGAAGUCCCGCCACCAGACUAUGGAUAGGGCGAAAUGUUAUCAGAAGCGGCGUGAUUAUCCAUUACACUGCCGCUUCUGUUGCAUUUCUUCUGCUUUUAUUGUCUCUCGUAUGACGGUGUAUGAGAAUAAUGACAGUGAAAGUCUUGGGUGCUCCACCGUGAAGUUAGCACUGCAAGGCGGUUUCCCUUCGAUGAGCAAUGUAUUGGAUGUUCAGAGCACGCUACUGUGCUCUUCUGAGAGUCUGUUCUCUCGAUGUAUUCUUGUUGUUUCUGUCGUUGUCGUCCCUUUCGUCAGUGAUAUAUGGUUCAUGGAGCGGAGUUACUCCUAAAUUUCCAUUGUGUACAUCUCACGCGUGUAGAUGGCUUUAAGCCCUUUUCGGCGACAGACGGGUUGAAUGAAAAUGCCAGGGAUCAAGUGACCUCUUAUCACGCGCGCAGUUCGCUAAGCCUUAAAUAUUUCCAUUUGUCGAUUAACGUUUCGGUUGUCAUUCGCUGAUUGUUUUGGCUAUGUGACAGGCGCAGAUGGAUACUUUUCGAUCCCAAUGACACUAACGGCUUUAGCUAAAAGUCAUUAAACUGAAUGCAACAUCUCCGGCGCACUACAGAUGCCGGCGGUCGCCGGAAGGCAACACCCUCUUCUGAAGGCUCUCCUUCAAUCGUCUUCAUCUUUUUUGUGUUUUUCUUUUUUUUUUUUAUCUUCGCGCGCAGUCGCGUGAUUACUGCUAUGUUACGGCGUCCUGUGCAAAUGGUUGAUUGUGUCGUAUCUGCUUUUAGUCGUCGAUGGCUACAACAAGGGGAAAUAAGCGUAUGUAUGAUGCGCGCAACCAUGCUGGCUGAAGUUCCAGACUGCUGCCCUUCGCCUUUACGAUCGGUACAUACCCAUGAACGUUGUCUAUCGAUUUUUGGGCGAGUGCUUACACGACAGGCGGCGGUUCUGCUUACAUCCUCGAUGCUGAGGAUGUUCAUCACUUCGUCGUUGCAGGGCUCUGGCGUAUAAAAAGUCUGACAACCCUUUAUUUGUCGAGAGAUGCUCUUCUGAAGUAGCACAUACUGUGUGAAGAAAAAUUUCACAGAGAGAGGUUCAAGAAAAAUUUCACAGGGAGAGACUCCAAAACGUUCACGCUAGAGCGUUAUUUUGUGCGACGAAAUGAAGGCUUUCCGUUCUAUUUUCUGCUUUGGAGCAUUCGCAGCUGCAUCUGCAAUCACUUUGCCCGUGGGGCAAAACGCUGCCUCUUCCCAGCCGGUGGGAAUCCGCGCCGGAGAUGAAUCCACUCCACGAAAAUUUAUUACACUCGCAGGAAAUAACCACCAUGCCUUUCAACGUCAAACCGUCCCCGAUGGAGGCAGUGGUAUUUUACAGCCCUACGACUUCGGAUACAACAUCCAGGAUGAAUACGGUAACAAUCAGUUUCGUCAGGAAAGCGCGGAUAAUCAGAGCACCGUUAAGGGCAGCUAUGGAUACACUGACGCGCUGGGUCUCUACCGUCGCGUCGAGUACGUAGCUGACGAAAACGGAUUCCGCGCUGAAAUAAAAAGUAAUGAACCAGGGGUAAAAGGAGAUCAACCUGCCAGUGCUCAUUUUACUGUCGAGGAGGUUCCACAGAGUGUACUCCGAACCCUUCCCGCAAGUGAUGGCCGUCAUCAUCACGGAUCGGAGAAAGCUUCAUUGCGAGUUCGUCCAGCAGCAAGAAGUCCAGCAUCUGGAGUCAGAUUCGUACCCAUAGCCUCAUCAACCUCAACUGCACAAGCUUCUGCGUCUGUUAAGGCCUCUUAGAGACCGUCGAUGGUCGAGCGAGCGUAAAAACUGAUCCGGGACAAAAUGGCGAUUCCUACACAGAUCUACUGUACUAAAGUUCCUAUCCCUGCGUAUGUUAGGUGAAUAAAUUCCGCAAAAUAAAUUCUACGUUGUCCUGAUUUGGAGAACUGCGUUAGAUAUGCGCGGA